AAUAAUGGAUUUCUAAUCGAUUUUUCAGACACAAACGAAUAUAAUGGUGUUCAUAUAGCUCGCUUGUUUCAUACAUUGAGAAAAUCGAUAUAUCAGCCAUCACAUUGAUACAUAAUGACCACUACAAAUACUUAACAAUAAGGGGGAUUUUGACUUUGUGGUUCACCAUUACAUAUCAGCCAUAUAUUGGUGCAGUGAUGCCCCUGUUCUUCGCUCAGGCUCUAAACCCUGACUCUAUCUCAGGUAAACCUCUGAUUUCAUGGAGGGUCUGAUUUGGGAUGAUGUUUGUGUGGUGUGGUGUCGAAGAUUUUUUCUGGCUUGAUCAGGACCAAUGGCUUCUUUGGAAGUUAAGACCAAAGUUCUCCUUGGUUGGAUAACAAUAUCCUCACAUUCUGUUUCUGGUCUGUCACAGUCGGAAGGCGAUCCACUGAUAGUGAUUUGCAGGGGAAGCAGGACAAGUCCUAACUCGUGAAGUUCAGAGGAUGCCUUUGAGGAAAUUCAAGAUAUCUUCAUUGCUUCCGCACUAUGUGAUAUCUCAGCUAACCUACGUUCAAGUUGAGAAGGGGCACCCAUCCGCUCGCUAUCUGCGCAAGCUUGGGUUUUAUUGGGGGUUUAGGGUUUACACAACCUCCAUUGUAGGCACCAUGUCAAGGGCGAUCCAGGCCUGCGCUAGGCGCCUCUUCCUUUCUGCCCCGCGCAGAAGUCUCUGCUCCCGUUCUUAUUCAGAGAUAAAGCCGCCCACCUUUCGCCUUCACAAAAGGAGACUACUUCGCACCACCAGGUUGCCCGUGGAAUUGAAUUCUGUGGGAUCUCUGAUACCCCACCACAGUGCUACUGCUUCGGCAUUGCUGAAAUCAAUGCUCUCUGUUGAUCAUUGCCGAUGGGGUUGGCUUUCAGAAGGGUUUGCCACACCACUAUAACAUGGCCAGUGGAGCCUGAUGAGAUCGCAGUGAAUGUGUUCCUUGUCUUUCUCCUGGUAACUGCUGUUCUUUGAUUAUUGUUUUUCUUUUGUUUCUUUCAUAUUUAUACGUUUUUAAAGCGUUUUCGUGAGGCUUCGAAUUGAAUGAGAAUAGCAUUUUUUGUACGUGGGUGCAUAACAUCUCAUCUGUGCCAAUUUAACUUUGAGGCAUCUCUUCACAGGGGGUAUGUUCUUUUUGUAAACCAAUGAACACCCCACUAGAGAGGUAUUGUUAAUCAUUUACUUGAAGUGUUCAGUAGGAAUGAAAACCCACAAGAGGCUUUCAUUAAUAAAAAGAAAUGACUAUAGACUAUAGUUUCUAUUGUGAGUA